AUGAAAUCUUUUAUUACAAAUAAUGAUAUUCCUGUUGGAUACGUGACACCACCAUUCCCAUCAUUAUAUUGGCCAAUCAAUAAUCAGAAAUAUAAUACAUCAUUUCUUUAUGAUACGACAGAUAUUUGGAAAUUUUCCAUCUAUUGGUGUGUUAUAUUAAAUGAAUGCUUUUACGGCGUAACAGGAACCAUUGCUGGUGUAUCUCAUCGAGGUAAAAUUGGUUGUAUAUGGAUAAUUUUCAUCUAUUUGUUCUGUGGAGCAGUUCAAGGUAUGGUUGCCGGAACCAUUAUGGGAUAUAUGAUAAGUGCUAUAUAUACGUCUGGGUUAUUUGAGAUGUCUACAUGGAUUCCAUUCUGCUGUGCUGUUGUUCAAAUAUUAUUUGAUGUUGUACAAAGCUUUCCAAUUAGUAAUUUGACAAUGUAA